GUACCUGCUUGGCUUUUAGAUCAGUCUACGUUCCAUGCGAUUUGUCGUUCUUGCCUUCGUCUUGACGUCGACCAUCGUCUACUACGCAUAUCUAGGUUAUCUCUUAAACCUACCCAACCUGGGCCGACCGGUGGUAUGGCAGAAAUACUGCGACUCUCAUACCCCAGACGCUACGCUAGAUCCGGUCAAUAUCUUUGUGGGUGUAUUGACCAUGGACACCAAAUUUGAUAGACGACAGAUGAUUCGAGACACCUAUUUAAUGUACAAGCCAGAUAAUGUGAUAUUCAAGUUCGUUCUGGGCCGUCCACGCAAUGACCCUGAAGUCAUAGCCAAGCUUGAAGAGGAGUAUCAUAAAUAUGGCGACCUCAUGUUUCUAGACAUAAAAGAAAACAUGAACGAAGGAAAGACAUACGAAUACUUUCGAUAUAUGGCUGAGACUUAUAACACCACAGGACUCGACUAUGUGUUCAAAGCCGAUGACGAUUCUUACAUUCGGCUGGACCGAUUGGAACUGGACAUGAGGAAUCAGAAACGACAAAUGCUCUACUGGGGCUACUUAGUCGGCGAUACCUUUAUGGGAGGUGAAUGCUAUGGUCUCUCAUUCGACUUGGUACAGUGGGUCAGUACGUCGCAGACAGCUCAGAAAUACAAAUCUGGUCAUGAGGAUUCUCAGGUACAAAAAUGGUUCAAGUGGGCCAGUAUCGAUAGCAGUGUGCAUUAUGCUCCAAGGAACUGUUAUAUAUAUGACGACCCUGAGUCAGACAGCGUCUACGCCAGACCAUUAACCGCCGACGCUCGCACCAUCGUUGUCCAUAAUCUCAAACGAAACGAUAGAUUUAUGGCAAUCCAUCAGCAAUUGCCUUAACCCCGCCUCCGCCCUCCCAUCCAGUUCAGUCCGCGUCUAGCAAAGCUAAAAAAAAUUAUUUUACACCCCCAACCAACCUAUCUUAAUCUUUAAAGCAAAAAAGACAAGAGGUCAAACAACAACAAAUCACUCUGUGGCGAGCAUUCAUAUACCCCCAACCGUUUCCUUCUCUUUUGUUCCCUUUCUUCAGACUCUUUUUUUU